CCAAAGUGAGUGGCGAACGCUGCUAAGUGUAAGGUAUUUCCACUAAAUUCGCCGACUUGGGCAGGCAGUUGUGUUCGACCAUUCAACCAGAACGGUUUACUUACCAGCGAGCGAGACUUAAUUGCGGCGAGUAGUGCGCGACCCGCGGAUUUGUACUGUAAAUCCUUCCUCCCCCUUCUUCUUCUUCUACAGCUUAAGUUUGGUGUAGUUUGAUCCCCUCUUGAGUUCCCCCUCGGUGUGGACCCCAAAAAUGUGUGUUUUCGCCCUUCUGAAUCAGGUUGUUUUGUUUGGGGCUUUGGACCGGAGUGGCUUCCAGCUGAUGCUGGAUCUGUGACGGGUAGUUGUGAUUGGUUGAUUGUUGGGUGAAGUGUAGAGCGGAUUACAAGUGACAACGUCCUUCCUUAAUUAUGGCAGGUUUCAAGUGAAGUUUUGAUACCUCCGAUCAGGAUCCAAUCCGGUGACUGGUGCUGCUACAAACAACAAUGUUUCAUGUGCUUAAGCCAGUUUAGGGGGCAAGGAUUUGUCGGUUCACGAUCGAAGCUAACGGAUUGAACAGCUCCGUCGCAGUUGUUGUAGAGAGAACUGAACUGUGCUUAUUGAAUCGCCGUAUAAUAACUAGUAGUGAAUGAGAACUUUGAAGGAGGACACGGAUCAGAAACUGGUUUUCCACGUUCGAGUAGUGCUGUUUAAAGUGUUUUAACAGGACUGUAAAAGUUGAGUGUGGUUCAAAUUAAAGUUCAUUAAAAAUUAAUAGCCUGAACGAGGCAGGCUGCAACGAAAACAUGUCUGUCAACGGUUAAAAUGCAACUUUCGCUCACAUGUGUGGCCUAUCGUUCGGUAUUGGCAUCAGAUCGCGCACCUAUUCGCUGCAGCAUAAAAUAAAACAGGCUCCAGAGCGCGAUCUGUGCGUGGAAUAUGUCAAUGGGCACUGUAAACGGUUCAUAUGAAGUAAGCAACGUGUGUUAUGCAAUCGACGGUCUUUCCUUCGAUCCUUAACGUGCGCCGACCUUAACGUCGUCGAAAGCAAGUACCAUUCAUUGAUGUUAGCAAUUAUUGUCAAGUAAAUGUUAUAAUGGAGACAAACGAGAAAAUCGAAGCAAAUGCAUGAAAAACGCAAAGUUAAUGCAGUGAAUAAUUCAUAUAAAUUUAUUAACGACAAUGAAACGAAAAUAAGCGAACAGCGAGGAUCAAGCGAAGAAUGAUGAAAUAUGAGUGAAGCGCAAAAUCGGGAGAAAUGAAGCAUAAAUAAUCCCGAAAAAGAAGAAAAAUUACGAACGUUCAGUCAAGCACCUAGAUAGUUGUGUGCCAAUAGAGAAAAAGCAUUGCACUGCCUUGUGCGAUUUUAUGAAUGGAUGAGAGUAGAUGAAUAAUAAAUAACCCCCAAGUAGUGGAAACACGUGUGCAUCGUGGAGGUUCCUCUGAUUCUCAACUCAGUGUCAUGUAUGCUAAUUGUACACCAAUUUAUGCACAUAAUCCAGUGUCGUAUGUGUACUAGCAAAGUCCAAAUCGUGUUUGUGUGUAAAAUUGUAAAGUUAGUUUAGAGAAGCUGGCGUGGGAUAAUCCAUGCAACGAAUUGAAAAGAAAGAAGCCACUUGGCGAAGAUUUUCCAGCCCUCCGUGAGAAGAUUGAAAAUAGGUGAAAAACACGUGCAAUGCACUGAGAAAAUCGCUUCUAUGCUGUGUGUGGUUUGAAGAAAACCGACGAUUUGCCGGUACGGUGAGCGUGUGGGGUAAAUAAAUGAUGAUUGAAAUGGGCGAGGAGGUGCCGAAGUGAAUUAAUGCUGACAGAUGUAGAGAAGCACACCGUGAACAACUGGAGAAGAAUCUAUGGGAAAAUUUGAGUGUUUGGUGAAGUUGGUGCUGCUGGCGAUGAAGCUGCAUCUCAUCUGGAGCAGCGAACUCGAGCAUCCGACGGUGCGGUUGAAUCCGAUCAAGUUGGAGCUGUUUGUUUUGGCGGUGUAAGCGAUUAGUCAAUUUGAAAAUCAUUUAGUGGAGUGCCGCUACUACAUCAACUACCAUAUGUUGGCUGGGUUACUAUCUGCCGUGUGUUGAAAUUGGACCCUUGAGUGGUCACCGCGUUCGUGUGUAUACUCUUUUAGUUUUCGCGAGCUGUAGAAGAACGUGCUCAGCAGCAGAAGUGUGUAGUGAAGGAAGGUGCGGUUGGCUCGUGAAGGAACAAAAACACGUCUAGUCGACAGUUCGACACCCGGCCCGGCCAACUAGGGGAAGAAUGAAUAUGAAAGUAAAAUUUCGGCCCGUUUCGAUACUGCUCCCCUUCGGUAGUGGCAGUGGCGAUUACCGGUGCUGCAAUCAGUAUCGUUUAGUAUACAUUUAUAACAAGUGAUUUCUGCUCUCGAGUGGGUGCAGCGUGUGAAGAAUUUGUUCGUGUUAAAGAGGUAAAAUUGCGGUGCUUGGGAAAAGAACGUUCGGUGCUUUGUGCGGUGCCAUGGCGGUGCGAUUUACCAACCACCUGACGAUGAAGGGCCACGUGGUCCUGGUGUUGCUAGUGUUGUUACUGUUCCAAAGUUGUACAAGGUGCGAGGGGUAUGGUCUAAGUCCAACGCUGCAGACUACCAGUCAGACGAAGAUGGUGCUGAAGGAAAGUUUGCUGAUUCCUUCGAUGGAUCCGGAAAAGGAAGCCAAGGCAAUGUACGAGAAAGCGUUGCAGCAGUACGGGAUUGUAGGUCGAACAUUGAAGGAGAUUUGCAAACCCUGGCAAUCGAAGGGUUGUCAGUGUACAGGGUCUUCGGAGGAGGUGUCCCUGACUUGCCGGGGCAUUGGACUGGAGGCGAUUCCGGUGAAUUUGCCGGCGGAGCUGGUUAAACUGGACAUCAGCAGCAACAACAUCUCUAGUCUACCAAAUAAAUCGUUCGAUAUGCUGCCAAAUCUGGAGGAACUAAUCCUCUCCCACAACAAGAUAGAGCACAUCGACAGUGAGGCAUUCUUCGGUCUGUCUAAUCUAAAGAAGCUGGUGCUCCAAAACUGCGGCCUCGUACGGAUACCAGCGGAAGCGCUGCGUCGAGUUCGCACCAUCUCAUCCCUGCAGUUGGACAGCAAUCUGAUAGCCGGGGUGGAAAACGUAACCUUUCGUGGGUUCAACUAUCUGAAGAGUUUGAGACUGGAAGGCAAUCUGCUGCAACGGGUCCCGACGGAGGCGUUGAUCGGAUUGAGAUCAUUAGAAGCUUUAAACUUAGGAAAUAAUUUAUUAACUACAAUUAAGGCAGGAGAUUUUCCGCUUUUGGAAAGUUUACACAUUUUAUUAGUUAAAAGGAAUCAGAUAAGUGAAAUUACUUCCGGUGCUUUAUCAAAUUUAACUCGUUUAAAAGUUCUAGAAUUAGAUGAUAAUGUGUUAAGUUCAGUGCCUGUUGGCUUGGAGAAUCUCGUGAUGCUGCAGGAACUGUCAGCAUCCGGAAACCGUAUCCGAUGGAUCUCAAAGGAUGAUUUCCCGAAAAGUCUAGUCACACUUGAGCUCAAAUCUAAUCCGUUAGUUGGCAUCAAACCUGGUGCUCUGCAGAAUAUGCCACGACUCCGAAAGCUAAUACUUUCCGAUGUACGGGGCCUCCAAGAACUACCUCCACUAGAUGGCUGCACUUCGCUCGAAGUGCUGCGGAUCGACAGAGCCAACCUUACCAAACUACCUGAUCAUAUUUGUAAGACUUCACCACGCUUAAGGAGUUUAAACUUGAAGUCCAAUAGAUUGCGAAUCAUUCCAAAUGUGACAAACUGUCGUGAUUUAAGAGUUUUAGAUUUAGCCGGUAAUAGCAUAAGCUCACUCCACGGAGCCCCCUUCUCUAGUCUCAGCCAGCUGCACGAUCUGCUGCUGUCGCACAACGAAAUCGAAUCAAUUCCGCACGAUGCAUUCGUUGGCCUCUUUCGAUUGCAAGUCCUCGACAUGGAAGCGAACCAUAUCUACUUCAUCCACCAGGACGCCUUCAGGCCGCUAAUCAAACUGGAAGAUUUAAACCUGGGAAAUAAUUUGUUUCCCAAUCUUCCCACGGCAGGGUUGGCACGUCUGCUACACCUGAAAACGUUCAACAACCCAAAUCUGAGGGAGUUUCCGCCACCAGAGUCCUUUCCCCGCAUUCAGACACUUGUGCUCUCCUACGCUUACCACUGCUGCUCGUUUCUGCCGCUUGUGGCCAGUGCUCCAAAAGUUCCUAAGCAUCAUCCUAUCAAGGAGGAGGUCCUUUUCCCGACUGACAACGAGUUCGAUAUGAGCUUGUGGAACAAUAGCUACAAUGACAUCUGGCCACAGUUACAUAAUUUAAGCAAAAAGUUUGGAACGCAGAUUAAUGAACUGCUGCACGCUUAUGGUCCUGAGUACUAUCCAGGAGGAAUGCCAACCUAUCCGGAAGAGUACUUUGAAGAGGAAGGCGGCGUCAGUCAUCCCAUUCCCACAUCACAACCGGGAACGAUUCAAUGUGUACCAGAGCCGGGACCUUUCAUGCCCUGUCAAGACCUUUUCGACUGGUGGACCCUUCGUUGUGGCGUUUGGGUUGUGUUCCUGCUGGCGAUGCUCGGGAAUGGGACGGUGGUGUUUGUGCUCAUCUUCUCCAGAUCAAAAAUGGACGUGCCACGGUUUCUGGUGUGCAACUUGGCUGCUGCGGAUUUCUUCAUGGGAAUCUACUUGGGAUUUUUGGCAGUAGUAGAUGCUUCAACACUCGGGGAGUUUCGCAUGUACGCAAUUCCUUGGCAGAUGAGCGCCGGGUGCAAGCUGUCUGGAUUUCUGGCAGUACUUUCAUCGGAACUAUCAGUUUACACCUUGGCUGUGAUUACUCUGGAAAGAAACUACGCUAUCACCCACGCCAUGCAUUUAAACAAGAGACUAUCGUUAAGGCAUGCCGGGUAUAUCAUGACAAUAGGAUGGACCUUUGCUAUAACAAUGGCAAUACUACCGUUGUUCGGAGUUUCAGAUUACCGUGUAUUCGCUGUAUGUCUUCCAUUUGAAGUUACAAGUGGAACCGGUAGCUUAGCCUACGUUGUAUUUCUGAUGUUCAUCAACGGAGUAGCGUUUCUCAUAUUAAUGGGAUGCUACUUAAAAAUGUACUGCGCAAUCCGAGGUUCCCAAGCGUGGAAUUCCAACGAUUCCCGAAUAGCAAAGCGAAUGGCAUUGCUAGUCUUCACGGACUUCAUCUGUUGGUCCCCGAUAGCGUUCUUCUCGCUGACAGCCGUUUUUGGGCUGCAUCUCAUCUCUCUAGAACAAGCCAAAGUCUUCACAGUCUUCAUUCUACCUCUCAACUCCUGCUGCAACCCGUUCCUUUAUGCCAUUCUAACUAAACAGUUCAAGAAAGACUGCGUCCUCAUCUGCAAGGCAAUUGAGGAAUCACGUGUAACGCGUGGCAUUGGCCGCUGUCGCCACAGUUCUAACUUCAGCAACCGUCAUACACCUGCCAACACAAAUUCACUGGUAGAGAGAUCCUCUCGUGAACUGCCGCCACUUCUACCAGGUCAAACAUGUAACUGUUCAGCGAAGCUAAUGGAACAGGAGAAUCUCCGUCGACGUCUCCAACAGCAGAGUACAUUUUCCAAAACGUGGCGCAGGUUACUGUGCAACCUAGGGCAACGUAACGAUGGCCGUCGUGGAAGACGGAACGGUGAUCAAUAUGCGUACCAAAUCGCAGAAAUCCAACAGAAACAGCACAAACGGGCCGGAUCGGUAUCGUCCAGUGAAAACUUCAGUUCAUCUCGGUCCGACUCGUGGCGACACGCCCAGCAUCAUUGUGGAAUUCCUCUGCGGUUGCUGGAUCCACGGCGGAGGCACACUUCGUGGUUGAUCACAAGAAAAACUUCCCAGGAUUCGAAUCUGUCCAGCUCGAGGAAUGAUUCGUCCGGAUCAACCGCUACGCAGAGUACGGGAACGUGGCGAAUAUCACGGUCCAGUGCCAGCAAUUCGGUAGUUCUGCCCGGGGUGAAAAUCGAUGGCGUACCCCAUCCACAUCAUACAAGUGGCGCACGCCAAUCAAUCCCAGGUGGAAAGCCCCGUCUCGUGCGGCAGUCAGCCGUUCAGGAUGAUUCACAGGAGCUGUCCUGUUCACCGCCCCGAUUGGGUGUACGUUUCUUGCCCACGAUUCCGUCGGCAGCCGAUAGCAGUAUUCAGCUGGACGACGACACGGCCGAAGCCCGCUCCAGUCCCUCGUCGUGUCACAGUGAACCCGCCAUUUGCGAUGUGGAUGUGGAAGCGGCAGGAACCGGAACCAGUGCCGAAGGUGCCCAGCAACAGCAAUCGCAGCAGCAAAACAUGUCUCCCGCCCCCUUCUAUGCCAUCCUUCACGGGAGCAAUCCUCAGGCAACCGUUUCUAGUCUCAAAGAUAAAACCAAGCCGCCGUGAGCAGUCGGGAGGCGGCUUUAGAGUUAGGAACAGUGCUUAGAUCAGUUCACUUCCUCGUUCUUCUCGUUUUGUGUUCCAGUUUCUGGAAAGUGCUUACUCAGAGAUGUUUAAUUAGUCAAAAAGGUCCAUUAAUUGAAUUUCUAUCAGUGAUGGAAGAGCGCUCAAAGUUAAGCUAAUUUUCGAGACAUUCGAUUAUCCGGCGAUCGAUAUAAAUUUUACCUACUACUAGCGAUAAUGGAAAUCCGAACCAGUGUGAUACUUGAAAGAAUACUUUUUACUCAUAGGAUAAAUUGGUAAUAAUUUAUUGUAAAAAAAUAGGUUAGAUAAAUUACGCGACAAAUGGGGCAU